AAUAGUAGGGCCCAAGCCUUGCUUAGCAGAGGUACCAGACCCAAGUUCACCUCCCCAAAAAAAUCCUCUCUUUCACCGUGCUUCGCUCGCUUUCUUCUCCACCAAGCCAGGCCUUCGCCGGAACCCUUUCGACCCCUUCCUUCGUCUCCACUGCGGAGCUCUCGCCGUCCAGCAUUACACCUUCCUUUUUCAAACUUUCACCCAGUUGAUCUUCGGGUCGGUCGUGUUUCUUCAGAGGAAUGUAUAAUAAUGUUGAAGCCCAGUCUGCAGCUCCAAAACCUCCAUCAAGCUCUCAGCCAAAACCAUUUGGAAAUGCGUUUUAUGGUGCCGGAUCAGGACUAAUUCGAGGUGGACUGGGUGCAUAUGGAGAGAAAAUAUUUGGGUCAAGCUCAGAGUAUGUUCAAAGCAAUAUAAGUAGGUACUUUUCUGAUCCCCAAUACUACUUCCAAGUGAACGACCAGUAUGUUAGAAAUAAAUUGAAGGUUGUCCUAUUUCCAUUUCUGCACAGGGGCCACUGGACACGAAUAACUGAUCCAAUUGGGGGCAGACUAUCGUAUAAGCCACCAAUUUAUGAUAUCAAUGCACCAGACUUGUACAUUCCAUUCAUGGCUUUCGGCACUUAUGUUGUUCUUGCAGGCUUCUCACUUGGUCUUCAAGGAAAAUUUACUCCAGAAGCUUUGAGUUGGUUGUUCAUCAAGGGAUUGCUAGGUUGGUUUAUGCAAGUCAUGCUGCUUAAAGUAACGCUAUUAUCAUUGGGAAGUGGGGAGGCACCAUUUCUCGAUAUUGUUGCAUAUGCUGGAUACGCGUUUACCGGACUCUGUCUGGCUGCUAUCGGAAGAAUAUCGUUGAAAUACUCUUACUAUUUUCUGAUGCCAUGGACGGCCUUAUGCAUGGGAAUAUUCUUGGUGAAAACGAUGAAGAGAGUACUAUUUGCAGAGGUGAGGAGUUAUGAUUCAAGCAGGCAUCACUAUCUAUUACUCUUUAUUGCUUUGGCUCAGUUCCCACUUUUCACUUGGCUUGGCAAUGUAAGUGUCAAUUGGCUUAUAUAAGUGCAGUGUUCUUGUACCUCUUUUUUUAUUAGAAGCAUGUCCUUAGCCACUUAGCCUUAUGAGAAGAGAUCAACAAAUAACUGCUUCUGUCUAGUUUUACCAUUGUAAAAGUUCUUUGUAUUGGUUUCUUCUACUGUUCAUCAGAGUUUCAGUAUAUUUCUUUUGACAUCCCUGAAGAAUUAUGUACUGGCCCCAAAAGAAACAUAGGAGUAACAUGGAGCGCUUUCUUGUAUUCCAUACUGCUUAUGAUAAGCAAGUGUCAUGGCUUCUUGCUGGGUGGUUUGAAAUUAACCUGGUUAAAUUACAACUUUAGCUUA